UCGAGACACAAACAUUUCAAGGUGUGUUCAGUGGCUCAGACAGCACAGAGAGCAGGAGCAGCUGAUUCAGCUUCUGAAAGACAGAUUAAAAAGAAAAGAGAGUAGACGGCAGGGUGACAGCGUGUGUGUGUGUGCGCGUGAACAUCAGAGUGUGUCUUCAUCUCGGCAGAUGGUGUCCGUCCACAGGUCAUCAAUGGAACUGUCAGCUGAUCCACAAAUGGAGGGACAGGAGGAGGCUCCCCCAGCACCACUGGCCUGUGUGUCCCAGGUGAAAAGCAGCAGCUACAGUUCUGUGCAGCAGCAGGGCUACUCCGCCACCCUCCUCCUGCGGCGCAAAGACAAAAAACUGGAACAGGUGCAGCAGAAGUGCGUCGCCGCUCUCGCCCUUCUUUGCUGCUUUGCCGUGCUGAUGGUGCUCAUCUUCUCCUCCGUGGACAUUUGGGGAGACGACGAGGACGGAAUCACAGAGGACAACUGCAGCAGGGACUGCAGCAUCGUUCUUGUGGAGAAUAUUCCAGACGACCUCUCCCUGCCCGUGGAUGGCAGUCGUCACCUUCCUCUCUCUGUGGGUUUUCACUCCCUGCUGGACCGAGCCAAGCACUCCGUUGAGAUUGUGUCAUCGGUCUGGAACUUAAACUCUUGGGAUGUGGAGCCAAAAGCAAGAACAUCUAAACAGGGUCAACUUCUGUUCCAGAAACUGCUCAGCCUGAAAUCUCGUGGGGUUAAACUGAAGAUUGUCAGCAGCCGAACAAAUGUUGCCGAGCUGAAAGCCCUGGAAGCACGCGACGCAGAGGUCCACUCUGUUAAUAUGACGGCUCUCACUAAAGGACGACUGCACUCCUCGUUCUGGAUCGUGGAUCGGAAGCACGUUUACAUCGGAAGCGCCGACAUGGACUGGAGGUCGCUCUCCGAGAGGAAAGAACUGGGGGUGGUGCUGUACAACUGCAGCUGUCUGGCCCUGGACUUCCACCGAGUUUUUUCAUUUUACUGGCAGCUCCAUGACAGGGAUUUUAUCCCCUCCAUCUGGUCCAGGAGAGUUACAGCCCUCUACGGGAAGCACGAGGCCCUGGAGCUGCAGCUCAACGACACGCCCGCCACUGCCUAUGUUUCUACAUCUCCUGASCUGUUCUGUCCCAAAGAUCGCACCAGAGAUUUAGAUGCCAUUUAUCAAGUCAUCCAGAGCGCAAAGACUUUUAUUUUUAUCUCCGUGACGGACUACCUCCCUCUGGUCAGGAGGAGUUUCAGAGGAGCUUCAGUCACGAGGUACUGGUCAAAUAUUGAUGAGAUGAUCCGAGAAGCCGUGGUGCUCAGAGGGGUCAGAGUUCACCUGCUCAUAAGCUUCUGGAAGAAAACCGACCCCUUAACCUUUAAUUUUGUGGCCUCCCUCAAAUCUCUGUGUUUCCAACUGCACAACUGUUCCCUCGACGUGAAAUUCUUUAGUCAGAAGGAGCAGAAGAAGGACUUUCAGCUCGGACUCAACCACAACAAGUACAUGGUGACGGACAGCGCUGUCUACGUCGGAAACCAUGACUGGGUGGGCAAUGACUUUGUGGCUGAUGCAGGAGUUGGRCUGGUUUUGAAGAUGAAGGAAAGUCCAAAAGACAAAGGAGGGACAAYCCUGGAGAACUUUAGAGCUGCUUUUGAGAGAGACUGGAGAUCACGUUACGCUAAGAACCUGCAGAAAAGCAAAGAUCAACAGGGAAAAUAUAGAAAUCUGCAGUGGUCUAAAAAUCACUGGGAUGUUCCAGAGGUGACUGACUGGAACAAGCCUUUAUGAGCAGAGAAUCUCUUUUCAUUUGGCUUUAUGAGCCUUUUAUGCCUGAGAACUGUUCUACACUUUGAAACAUUCAUUUUUUGUGAUCUGGUCUGAGAAAGUCUGUUUGAAUUAACAAAGACAACAUCAAAAUGUCACUAUGACUCAGCCGUUCACUAUUUAAUCUAAUCUAAACUGUUCUGUGAGCAUGCAACUCUGCACGAAUAAUGCAAACAAUAUACAAUGCAUAUGCAAACAACGUAACAAAUCAAUAUUUGCUGUUUGUUAAAUUUGCUUAUUUUUAUCAAACUCAACAAAACUAUAUUUUACAGUUUUAUAGUUUUAACAUAAAUUAAUUAGAAAUAAUGAAUGAUUUUGGUUCGUAGCAUGUAAUAGCAUUAUAAUUGUGCAGAAAAGGGAUGCCCAAUCCUGGUCCUCAAGGGCCACUAUUCUGCAUCUUUUAGUUGCUUUUUUCUUCUCUUCAUUACGUCUAAAAGUAAUGCAGAAGCCUGUAAGAACUCAAUUUAAAUCAGGUGUUUCAAAGAUGGAAAACAUCUAAAACAUGCAGGAUUUGCUCUUGAGGACCGGGAUUGAGCUUCACUGGUGCAGAGAUAUGAUUCAACCUAAUGGACUGAUGAAGUCAUGAACCAAAUCAAAUGAAUUUCAACUCAGUGACGCUUUUUUUUUAUCUUUGUUUUGUAAAAAUACUUCUGUUUCUUCUAACGGGUGUUGUUUAAUUCUAAAUGAUGGAAUCUGUAAGAUGACCAAUUUCUUUACACAAAUUCCAAUAAAACRGCUAUGAAGUG